AGUACACCCUGUUCUCGGCCACGCUGGGUCUGCCCAGCCACCUCAUCCAGUGCCAUCGCCCACAGCCUGCCUACGUCACUUACACGGCACCCAUGGUCAAGAUGCUUGUUGAGCAAGAUGAGCAGAGAAAGGCUGCAUCCAACCGCUCGGCAGAGACGGAGCCCAACAGAAAGCCUCAAGAAGAUGGUUUUGAGGAGGAAACCCAAGUUUUGUCAAAGCUGGGCAGAGGUCUGCAGAAAACCAUAACCACCUCCCAUUGA